CGAAGUUGAGCGCAUCUUCAGUACCAAGUUUACCAAUGUCCAACCCUCCAUCUCUCUAUCAUGAAUCCGGACGACAAGUACGAUCAGAUGAACGACCUACUCUUUGGCAGUGUCCCCGUUCGUGAGGCCCAAGGCAACACCUACCAGCCGAGAACUAGGUUCUAUUCAAUUCCAGUCAAGGAUGACGAUGCGCUUGUCGAAGACCCCGUUGAUCCCGACAAUGCUGAUAGUGACGAGCAAAUAGGUAAGUAUUCUUUGGCUAAACGAUCGCUACUAUACUUAGAUACUUACGCAUGGCUUGUUUGGCCUAUGAUGAGCGUGAGGAGAUCCAACACGUCCAACAUCACUGGCACCCUCAGCCGAGGUGCAACUAAAUGGUCGGGAUCGUACGUCGAGCUUGCAGAUGAAGGGACCAUCAUCAGCGGCACAGAAAUGUGCUUCGAGACAUCCUCGACGACGAUGGAACCUUCCGCAUCGCUAGAGGUCGGAUGUGAGCACGGAUGGAGCCUGGGAUUGUCCUAUAUAGGACCAAUGACUUAGAAUUCAAUGCCUAGCGAGACAGCUUGAACAUCUUUUGGAUACAAUGUCGCCUCGCAACUAUAAAAUCUGUCUU